CCAAGGAUCUACGUUUCAUUCGUCUCUGCCUCCUGGCGGAUGAAUCCAUUAUCCUACCACAGCGACGACCUGUGAAAACACUGAACAAUCUCAACAGCUUUGCAACAAUGUUGCCUCUUCAAAAGACAAAACUUCGGUACAGGGUUUGACUAAUGUAAUGGAAAGCGAAAACCAAGAUACAAAGACACCCCCUCAGCACUGGAAGAGUUGCAAGUUGAUCAUUGACCCUGCAUUAACUAAAGGACUAUACAAAGUGUGCCGCUUUGAUGGACAAUAUUUUAACAUACCAGUUGAGGAUUUAGGUCUUUUUCCUGUGGACACAGUCAGAGAUCCCAGAGUCUGCCGCCUGUGGAGUAAAUACAACAAAACUGAUCUGUUGGCUCCUAAAUUUAAGAUUGAUGAGUGGUACGUUGGGCCAGUUCCUCCCAAAGAAGUGACAUUUUGCAGGUUAAAUGAUAACGUGAGGGAAACAUUUCUCUCAAAUAUGUGCCAAAAAUAUGGUAAAGUUGAAGAAGUGGAAAUAUUUUACAAUCUGAAGAACAAGAAGCAUCUGGGAGUUGCAAAGGUCAUCUUUGACACGGUGAGAGCUGCAAAGAACGCUGUGCAGCACCUUCAUGAGACAUCUGUGAUGGGAAAUAUUAUACAUGUGGAAAUUGAUCCUAAAGGUGAGAAAAGGACCAGAUAUCUCCAGCUGCUGUUUAACGGCCUGUAUACUCCCUGGACGUUACCUGUGGGUAGCAGUGAGCGCACUCUUCCGAGCUUAGUGGACACCCUGGUGACCAGCAGAGCCACUCAGCAGUCAGGAACUGCCUCCAGCCCUGCCAGCAUUGCUACACCCCUCUCCCUGGACACGGCCUACUCCAGCAUAUGGCAGGACACUCCUUCCAGCUUUGGCCUAACACCACAAUCUCAGGGAACCCCCCGAACUCCCUGCUUGUCUGCGACUCCUCUCUCCCAGGACUCCUGCUACUCCAGCCUUCAGGCGACUCCUGUCCUCCAGGGGGAGCCUUCCAGCUCUAGUCUUCACAAACAUUUAAGACGAGCGCUUUGUCGUUACGAACCUGCGAGGCAUCACAGGGGAUCUCACCCGGCUUCAAAUGUCAGUCUAAUUUUGAAGAAUUGCCAGCUGCUCCCUCUAAAAUCCCCUUCGAAUCAGAAGCAGUCUGAUAACCAGCAGCUCGCGGUGUGGAGUCACAAUGAGAGGUGCUUUGCCUACAAGGAGCCCCUCUGUAGUCCUGCCUCCCCCUUGCAGGAGUCUGAACACAUAGGUAACUCUUCUUCUGUGACCUCACCUCACAACUCUAAACCUGCCAGCACCCAGAGCAUUAAUUUCACAGCUGACUGUCAAACUAUGGUAAACUUCCCUCACAAUGAGCAGCCGCCAGAGGUGGAGAGUUUAGACUCCCGCAUCGAAAGUUUGCUGAUAAACAGUCACAUUUCUGACAGUUUAUAUUUUGAUGGAAAAACUCCAACGGCUGACGGACACUUUCCAGACAGCCCUUCUUCACCUUGUUGCACUCCCAAGUGUCCUUUCUUAGAUGAUUCACCUUUCGGCUCCCCAUCACUUAGUAAAUCCUUGACCAGCAGCCACCACCGCCCCUGCCACGGGGCAAGGAAGUUCAGUCCAUCAAUGCUCGCUGAAAAUGAAGAGGAUGAAACUUACCGAGCUGCUUUAUUUCUCGAAGCAAACUCCCAGUCUCCCACACCUUCUGAGUUUGACCAUUCUGAAAGCAGAGUUCAUGUUACACACGAGGAACAUACUGACAUAGUUCCAUGGAUUUCAUCCUCAAAGGGACAUUGUUCUGUAGAUACGGAUAUAGAGCACUCACAUACAAGCCACCCUGGAUCUCUACCACCAGUAAAUGACACAUCAUCACUCCCUAAAUCUCCAUCUGCCUCUUCUACCGCUAAUCCCACUGUACCCAGUGUCCCCGUAGCUCCUCUUCCAGUUACAGUCAGAUAUUCACAUCCUUCACAAGCCUCAUUCCCUAUUCCCCCCUUUCCUCCACCUAUUCCUCCUGUCCCUCCUCGCUUACCGAAUGGCACAAUCCCCAUCCCACCUCCGGGCUGGAUGCCACCUCGGGGUAUCCCCAUCCCACCUCCCCCUAUUCCACCUCCUCUUUCCAUUCCUCCCCCACCAACCUUUCUGGUACCUCCUCCACCUCUACCUCGGCCACCACCUGUUCCACCUCCUUUGCCCAUAUACCCUGUACCUUUACAGUCCACGGCAACCUUACUUAGAGGGGACCCUCCAAGGCAUGGGAGUGUACCUUUCCCAUUCCCUCGACCACCCUGGCUCGCCCUGCCUUUUCCCUCUUUUAACCCCUUUGUGCCACCACCAAACUACACUCCUGCACAGGAAAACCGCUACAAGGUAACUGUGGAAAAGGUUUUAGAAAUUCUCAUGGAUGAGCUGAAAUCCAUCAUUAGGAAAGACAUCACGCGAAGAACGAUUGAAGGGGUGGCUUUUAAGGCAUUUGAGGACUGGUGGGACAGUCAAGAGAAGAAAAAGGUCCAAAUGUCUCCUGUGAAAAGUGGAGCACCAGCUGCUGAGGACAGAAGAACACUUAUGAAUCUCCUCAGCCAUAUUAGUGAGAAGGCCAAAAAACCUCCUCUGCCGUCAUUCAGGGUAAAAAGGAAACGAUCAGAGGAAAUAGAAAUCGAGUCAAGUUCUGCCCAUGAAAGCUGUGCUUUAAAGUUGCAGCAAGAGGAUGAUAUGGAGAAAUCUGCUGCAGAGAGAGCCAAACGCAGACACGCUAGACCCUCACAGCUUGACAGUGAUGAUGAAGAGGAAGAAGACCACACACAUAAUAAUAAGCACCACAUGUCAGACCAAGUAGAAGCUAUUGUGCCUCUUCUUGGUGAUUCUCACAUUUUGUCUGACAGAGAUGAUGGAGAUGAUGCUGAUCAGCGAUGUGAAGAAAAGACAUCAGCACAAGAAAUAUUUGAAGGUGAAGAUGCUAUUGCCUGUCAAACUAGUGCUGAGGAACAGUGGGUUGAAAGUGCUGCAGAGAGAUUAUCAGAGAGCAUCGCCUCAGAAGAAAGUAAUUACUCAUGGGACUCGUUUCCCUCAGAGAGCUUUGAUGACUCAUCUUCUGAUCUCAGUUCUCGACACGAGGACAUGGAGGAGGAGGAUGCGGAUGACAGGAGUGAAGAGUGCGUUGUGAUAUCUUCUGAUGAAGACUUAAUGGAACUCGAGCUCAGUGUGACCCCCACAGCUCCUCUAACACCUGGAGCUCAGCUGGAUCUUGACGGGUUAGAGUCAUGUCAUGGGGCUCAAACAGGGGAGAACUAUCCAGCCUGCCUCCAUGGGAACAGUGAUGUGGACUCCAUGGUGGAGCUCCAACACUGUGACUCUCCAGACUUAGAGCUCAUUUCACCGAUAGAAUUAGAGGUGGUGUCAGGCCUUGGUGUCAGUAUGGGAUGCCCCGAAUGGACCCCAGAGUGUGUGGAGAACAUAGACAACCUGAGACCCCUCACGCCCACUGGCAGCUUGGUGGACAGUGACACGGACAAUCUCAUAAAGAGCAAACCAGCAUCUCCAACUCUGGAUGAAGCGGAGAGACCAGCCACACCAGGGAAGGGGAUCAUUGCUGAACUGUUUAAUAUAGAUUCAGAUGAAGCCAAUGAAAUAAUUUCCCUCUCCCCAGCAAGCAGUGAUGUUCUUCUACCUACCUCUGAUUUCCCACCUGCCUCCUACCCAUUGUACGAGGAGAAACCUAAAACUCCUGGAAGGGACGAAACUGGUGUAUGGACUCUUCACAGCUCUAUUAUAGCAACAAAUGGCCAAAGGACAGCAACUUUCCAGGGCAGCACAGUGUUUUCGCCUCUCCACAGCCCCCCAGAUGUUCUACCACUGUCGAGCAAUCCAUAUAUUUCACCUCCAAAAACUCCAGGAAGAGACAUUUUCUUACCUCGAAGAGACAUAGUCCACAAGAGGAAAACAAAAAAAAUUCCCACCUCACUCCCUCUCUUACAUGACAGCCCUCUUAGUGUUUCUCCCCUCCCAAUAUUCUUUCCUUGCAGUCUUUUUGAAUCUUCAUUUGACUCCGCUGAUGGAAACAUCAUAAGCUUAAGUUCAGGUGUGAGAAUGAAACCCUUGCAGGGACUGGAGAAUAUGCCCAGACUUUAUAAUGAGGAGAAACCCUUAUCGAGGCAAAAACUGUGGAGGAGGCUGAAGCGGAGAAAGAGGGCAUCCCUUCGUCAAAGAUUGAUUAAAGGAAUAAAUUGGUCGUGCUCCUUUCAGCAUCAUCUUCUCAGGAGGCGUUCAUCAUGUGAGGAGUAUAAUAUCCUUCAUAACAUCUGGAAGGAAGGUUUGGAUGAAGAAGAUGCCAGACAUCUGCAGAGUACUUAUGAAAGGCUGCUAGAGCAGAACAACGUUGCCUGGUGGCCCAGUGACACUUUCUGGAUACCUCAUCCUCUGACUAAGAUCCCAACAGAGAGCAGUGAAGAAACCCAGUGGCAGCCAGUCCACUGGACAGGCUCUGCUCGCAGUGAAGGUUUCUACAAAAUUAGCAAGAAGGAGAAGAUAAAGUACCUCAUCAACACAAAGCCGCCUGCUGAUCUUCACUCUACGACACCUCAGGGCAUAUGUCUCCCUGUCCAGCAGCCCACAUCACUGCGAUCUGGAUCCGACUUCAGGUCUGAACAGCGCCGCCUGCUGUCCACUUUCAGCUGUGAUAGUGACCUAGUUAAAUUCAACCAGCUUAAGUUUCGUAAGAAGAGGAUUCGUUUCGGUAGGAGUCUGAUCCAUGAGUGGGGCCUGUUUGCCUUGGAGCCUAUAGCAGCAGAUGAGAUGGUGAUUGAAUAUGUUGGACAGCUCAUCAGACAGGUCAUUGCAGACAUGAGGGAGCAGAGAUAUGAGGAGGAGGGCAUCGGAAGCAGCUAUUUAUUUCGUGUUGAUCAGGAUACCAUCAUUGAUGCCACUAAAUGUGGAAACUUAGCUAGGUUCAUCAACCACAGCUGCAAUCCUAACUGUUACGCAAAGAUCAUCACAGUGGAGUCUCAGAAGAAGAUCGUGAUUUACUCACGGCAGCCGAUAAGCGUCAAUGAAGAAAUUACGUAUGACUACAAGUUUCCCAUUGAAGAAACAAAGAUUCCUUGUCUGUGUGGAGCCGACAGCUGCAGAGGAUCCCUGAACUGAUCUUUAAUUAACUUUCCUUACUAUGCAAAAAUCCUCAGUGGCUUGUAAUGCUCUCUCAUUGGUUCAGAAGGGAAAGGAUAUUUGGACCAUGAAUUUGUCUGCAGGCUUGGAAACGGUCAUCUAAAGAAAAUGUAUCGUGUAAAAUCUGGUACAAUACAUCAUAUAAUCCCUUAAAAACUAGGAUCAAGAACCAAAUAUCUUUUUAAAUGUAUUUAUUUAUAACAGGAUGGACCUGGAAAUACAUUUUAGACUAAUAACAUUAAAAUGUCUUUUAACCUAAGAGUCCAGAUGAUAGUUCAAUGUUUUCAUUUAUGAGAGCUUUAAUGGUGUUUGGCUUGAGUCAAGCCUGUAAACAAUUUAUAGCAGAGAAAUUCACAUUAGGACCUUGAACUUCUUCUUUUUAAAGUUAAUACAAAUUUGGGAGGUUUGCCAAGUGGGAAUUUGAAUUAUACCAAAAAUGUAUAAUAAAACCAAAAGACACUCAUUAAUUGUAAGAAGGAAAAAAAGAAGUACCUAAGUGCUCCUAAGUAAAUCUAUUAUCAGAGAAUGAAAGCAGUAAAUCACCUGAGCAGAUUGUACUAUUUGUAAUGAAUAAAUCUUGAGUUUUUAAAGUUGUAAAGAGAAUAAAUGGGUGGAUUCAAA